AGCACGAGGACGAGUGGCAGCCUCCAUCUGCGCAAGUGAUUUGUCCAGGGCUGGGCCAUCAGGAGGAUUCUGGCAUGGGCCUGCAGCCACGUAUCUUCCUCCUGGGGCUGCUCUUGCUUCUGGGGCGAGGACCCACCCAGGCCCACACCUCGCCUGGAGAGAAUACGGAAGAGCAACGAUCGCCCGAGUUGCAGACACUGAAGAAUUUUCCAUUCCCAUGCAACUCAGAGAAGUCAGGAUCCAGCGUGCCUCCUAAGUCAGUCCACUCUGUGAGACCUUCUGAUAUUAAAUUUGUGGCAGCCAUGGGCAAUGUGGAAACUCCUCCAGACUCAGGGACCGUCGACCUGGAGAAGCAAAAAUGGACUGACCGAGGGCCACAGCAGACGUGCAUAGAAGUGGUGACAGUCCUUUCAGACGUCAUCAGAUAUUUCAACCCCUCUGUUCUGAGGCCCCUGUGUGUUCCUGGGAAGAGAGUGGUACCCCACCCUGGUGUUGAAGACUGGCUGGCGCAGGCAGAAGAACUGGUGAGGAGCAUGAAGGAGGACCAGCAACUUGAUUUUCAAAAUGACUGGAAGCUCAUCAGUGUGUUUUUCCGUAACUCAAGCCGGGAUCACCUCUGUCCCUCCACCCAACAGCAGAGGCACGCGGCGGGAGGCCUGGACGUGCUAGCUGGGGCUCUGGACUACCUGCACCAGGAGGUCCCCAGAGCAUUUGUGAACCUGGUGGAUCUCUCUGAGACUCUGAUGGUCUCUCCCUGGGACCAAGGGACUCAGCUCAGCCCCACGGCAGAGCCCUGCAGGGACUCAGGGGAGACCUCGAAGCUUUCCAAGGUGGUGACACAGUGGUCCUAUCAGGAGAGCUGGGACAGUCUCCUGGCCUCCAGCAAGUACAACGAACAGGAGUCCUUUGCGGUGGUUUUCCAGCCUGCCUUCUACGAGACCCCACCUUCGGGGGAGCAACCACUCCAGGAUCCCAGCACACUCGCCUUGAAUCUCUGGAACACCAUGAUGAAGCCAGCAGGACAGAAAGACGAACCAUUCGUUGCAAGAGAGAGAAGGCCAGUGACAUGUCCCUCUCAGGAGAAUCCCUAUCUGUUCACCUACAACAACAGCAACUACCUGCCCAGGCUGCCAAAAUCUCAGGAGAGGCUUGAGGUGAGAGACAGAAUGGAAAUCCUGUGUCCUGACAAGGACCCCUCCGACACAAUUCCCACCUCAGUUCACAGGCUGAAGCCGGCUGACAUCAAAGUAAUCGGAGCCCUGGGUGACUCUCUCACGGCAGGUAAUGGGGCCGGAUCCAAGCCUGGGGACAUCUGGGAUGUCUUGACUCAGUACCGAGGCCUGUCCUGGAGUGGCGGAGGCGAUCACAACCUCAGCAGCGUCACCACCCUCCCAAACAUCCUCCGGGAAUUCAACCCUUCCCUGAGGGGCUUCUCUGUUGGCACCGGGAAAGAAAACAGUCCUGGAGCCUUCCUAAAUCAGGCUGUAGCAGGAAACCGAGCCGAGGAUUUACCUGUUCAGGCCAGGAGGCUGGUGGACCUGAUGAAGAAUGAUACGAAGAUAAAUUUUCAGGAAGAUUGGAAGAUAAUAACCCUGUUCAUAGGAGGCAAUGAUCUCUGUGAUUUCUGCAGUGACCCGGUCCGCUACUCUCCCCAGAACUUCACAGACAACAUCGGGAAGGCUCUGGACAUCCUCCAUGCUGAGGUUCCUCGGGCAUUUGUGAACCUGGUAAAAGUUCUGGAGAUCAUCAACCUGAGGGAGAUGUACCAGGAGAAGGAAGUCAGCUGCCCAAGGCUGAUCCUCAGAAACCUCUGCCCCUGUGUCCUGAAGCCUGAUGAUAACUCAACAGAACUUGCCUCCCUCAUCGAAGUGAAUAAGCAGUAUCAGGAGGGGACUCACCAGCUGGUUGAGAACGGUCGGUACGACACAAGAGAGGAUUUUACGGUGGUCGUGCAGCCAUUCUUCGAAAAAGUGGACAUGCCAAAGACAUCGGCGGGGCUGCCCGACAGCUCUUUUUUUGCUCCUGACUGUUUCCACUUCAGCAGCAAAGCUCACGCUUACGCGGCCAGCGCCCUCUGGAACAACAUGCUGGAACCUGUUGGCCAGAAGACAACACAGCACAGUUUUGAAUACAAGAUCAAUAUCACCUGUCCGAACCAGUUCUGGCCGUUUCUGAGCACCUACAAGAACAGAAUGCAGAGUCAUGGGAGCCAGCUGCCAUGCAGGGACAGAGCCCCUUCUGCCUCGACGCCCACCUCAGUGCACAACCUGAGAGCGGCAGAUAUCCAAGUCGUGGCUGCGCUGGGGGACUCUCUGACUGCUGGCAAUGGAAUUGGUUCCAAACCAGAUGACCUUUCUGAUGUCACCACUCAGUAUCGGGGACUGUCAUAUAGUUCAGGAGGGGAUGACUCCCUGGAGACCGUGACCACCUUACCGAAUAUCCUUCGGAAGUUUAACAGAAAUCUCACGGGCUAUGCGGUGGGCAAGGGCGAGGCCAACGACACAAAUGCCUUCCUCAAUCAGGCUGUUCCUGGAGCAAAGGCUGAGAAACUUAUGAGCCAAGUCCAGACUCUGGUACAAAGGAUGAAAGAUGACCACAGAGUGAAUUUCCACGAGGACUGGAAGAUUAUCACGGUGCUGAUUGGAGGCAGUGACUUAUGUGAUUACUGCACAGAUUCGAAUCUGUAUUCUGCAACCAACUUUUUUGACCAUCUCCGCAACGCCUUGGACAUCCUACAUAGAGAGGUGCCCAGAGCCCUGGUCAACCUCGUGGACUUCCUGAGCCCCAGCGUCCUGCGGCAGGUGUUUCUGGGCAACCCGGACAGGUGCCCUGUGCAGCAGGCCAGCGUGUUAUGUAACUGCGUUCUGACCCCUCGGGAGAGCUCCCAAGAGCUGGCCAGGUUGGAGGCCAUCACCCAAGCCUACCAGAGCAGCAUGCGGGAACUGGUGGGGUCAGGCCGCUAUGACACCCGGGAGGACUUCUCUGUGGUACUUCAGCCCUUCUUCCACGAGGUCCGGCUCCCCCUCCUGGCGGAUGGGCGCCUGGAUAUGUCCUUCUUCGCUCCAGACUGUCUCCACCCAAGUCAGAAAUUCCACUCCCAGCUCUCCAGAGCCCUUUGGGUCAAUAUGCUUGAACCACUAGGAAGGAAAACGGAGACCCUGGACCUGGCAGCAAACAUAGCCCUCUCCUGCCCCACUCAGAAUGAGCCCUUCCUGAGGACGCCCCGGAACAGUAACUAUACCUACCCCACCAAGCCGGACAUUGAGAACUGGGGCAGUGACUUCCUGUGUACAGAGUGGAGUCCUUCCAACGGUGUCCCCACCUCAGUCCAUGAGCUCCGGCCAGGAGACAUCAAAGUGAUGGCGGCCAUGGGUGACUCGCUGACCACAGCACUGGGAGCCCAACCAAGCAACUCCAGCAACCUACCCACGUCCUGGAGAGGACUCUCUUGGAGCAUCGGAGGGGAUGGCAUCUUGGACACCCACACCACACUGCCCAACAUUCUGAAGAAGUUCAACCCUCACAUCCUCGGGUUCUCCACCGGUACCCAGGAGGAGACAGCAGGGCUGAAUGUAGCCGUGGAAGGAGCCAGAGCGUGGGACAUGCCGACCCAGGCCCGGGACCUGGUGGAGCGAAUGAAAAACCACCCCGAAAUCGACCUAGAGAGUGACUGGAAGCUGAUCACGCUCUUCAUUGGGAGCAACGACAUAUGUCAUUACUGUGAGAAUCCGGAGGCCCCCUCAGCUGGAGAGUACAUUCAGCAUAUCCAACAGGCCCUGGACAUCUUCUAUGAGGAGCUUCCAAGGGCUUUCAUCAACGUGGUGGAGGUCAUGGAGUUGGCUGGCCUACACCAGGGCCAAGGUGGGAAAUGUGACCCGCCCCUGGCUGCUCAGAGCAACUGUACCUGCCUCAGACGUUCCCAGGAGAAUCCCCUGGAGCUGCAGGAACUGAAGCAAGUGAACUGGAACUUCCAGAGCGGCAUCUCCAGGUUGUCCUACAAGCCCCAGUACCUGCAGCGUGAGGACUUCGCCGUGGUUGUGCAGCCUUUCUUCCAAAACACUCUCGUCCCCCUGAACAACAGAGGGAGCGCUGACCUCACCUUCUUCUCCGGGGACUGUUUCCACUUCUCAGAACGUGGUCAUGCCGAGAUGGCCAUCGCGCUCUGGAACAACAUGCUGGAGCCGGUGGGCCAGAAGACAACCUCCAACAACUUCACCCAUAGCCGAACCAAACUCAAGUGCCCCUCUCCUGAGAGCCCUUACCUCCACACCCUGAGGAACAGUCAGCUCCUCCAAGACCAGGCUGAAGCGGGCCCCAACGUGCUGAACUGGGCCGUGCCAGUGGCAGCAGGAGGCGGCCUUGUCCUUGGGGUUGGCACCAUGAUGGUCUGGAGAGUCGUAAGAGGUCGCCAGCAGGAAAAUCUUCCAGUGAGCCUGAACACUAUGAGCUUCUAGGCCUCCCGCCAGGUGCGGUGCUCAUCCUAAAUGCCCCUGCCUCACUCCUCACCAGCCCUCUACCUCAGCCACCUUGGGCACCGCAGAGAGCAUUUGCUUCAACGCCUGGCGACAUCGGAAGCCAAAGGGACAGUCACGACUCCUUGGGGCCUGGGGCCUACGCUCCUAGAAUUGCCAAAUUUAAAUAAAGGC